UUGAGGGCUGAGAGAGUGUGUUCAUACAUGUAGGGGAAGGGGAGAGCGAGGCAGAGUGUGUAUGUGUGUGUGUGUGUGUGUGUGUGUGUGCAUGUCACACACAACCAGACGUUGGUGCCUCAGCAGAAGAGGAAGAGAGAGCAGAAGCUGCUGACAAACACAUUAUAAUGUUACUUUGUGUUGUGGAUUUAAAGGUGUUUGGAUUAUCAAGUCACUGGAUUGUAAAUCACAGGACGGAGCCUGGAGAUCAUGGAACAUGCAAGUGCUGUCUCAGCACUGGCUAACCAAUCACAGUACAGCAACUCCUCCCUAGUCCCUGAUUUGACGGCAAGAUCUUCAGAGUACAGUGAUGCAGAGCUGGUGCUGCUGGGUGUUGCAAUGGCCAUCCUGGUUCUGGCUAUAGUUUUUGGUAAUGUGCUGGUGAUUACAGCCAUCCUGCGGUUCCAGCGACUCCAGACAGUCACCAACUUCUUCAUUGCCUCACUGGCUGUUGCCGACCUCAUAAUGGGUUUGGUUGUGGUGCCCUUUGGCUGCAGCUACAUACUGUUGGGAGCUUGGCAGUUUGGAAACUUCAUGUGUGAAUUCUGGACAGCAGCUGAUGUGCUGUGUGUGACGGCCAGCAUUGAAACCCUGUGUGUGAUUGCUCUGGACCGCUACCUCGCCAUUACCUCACCGCUCCGCUACCCAACGCUACUCACCAGAGGUCGGGCCUUUGCAGUAGUCCUUGGGGUUUGGGCAGUGGCCUCCCUCAUUUCCUUCCUUCCCAUCCAUCUGAAGUUGUGGGUUUCAGAUGAUGAGGAAGCUCGUCAGUGCUUGGCCAACGAGCACUGCUGUGAUUUCAACACCAAUGCAGCAUACGCAGUGUCCUCCUCAAUUGUGUCCUUCUACCUGCCGCUGGUGGUGAUGAUCUUCUUGUAUACCCGGGUCUUCCAGGAGGCUCAGAAGCAGCUGGAGAAGAUCAGAGGGAGGGAGAGGCACUUCUAUAACUUGCAUUACACUGCACAGCUGACUUAUCCUGAUGAUAGUCCGGCGAUGAAUAAACUCAGAGCAGGAAGGGAGGUGGGAGAACAAGCAGGAGAAGACAGAUUAAACAUGCAGAAAACAGGAGAUACUGACAUGGGUAAGGAGGAAAAGUUAGCAGAAAGCAGAGCAAGGACAGACAAAGGGGAAGGAAAGCAUUCUGCCACAAAGCGUCUUAAGUUCUGUCUGAAGGAGCACAAGGCUGUGAAAACUCUGGGGAUCAUCAUGGGAACCUUCACAUUUUGUUGGCUACCCUUCUUCAUCCUCAACAUACUCAUGACCUUCCUCAACUUGGGUGACAUUAGGCUGCUCUUCAGACUCCUCAACUGGCUGGGAUACUCCAACUCAGCCUUCAACCCACUCAUCUACUGCCGCAGCCCUGACUUCAGGCACGCCUUUCAGGAGAUACUCUGUUUGAGGGGCAAAAGGGGGAGCUUGGGAGGAAGGAGAGGGUGGGGAUGGUGCAGGGAGAGAGAAUGUUACUCCAAGCCCUCAGGCAGGAUGAAAGAGAACUCAGACCUGAAUGGUGUCAGGGGACUGGACGCUCAGCAGAGGUCAGGAUGGAAAGACAGUUUGGAAAGCUCUAUUCAAGACAGCUCACUAACUUUGGCUCCUCAGGCCUCUUGCUGUGAGCAGGUUUUAGAAGUUGCUCCUGGUUCCCUGACAAACUGGCAGGCCAACAAUUCUGCUAACGGAAGCUGUAAGGAAAGUCUGGCUUCAAUCGCUUGACCAAUUAGGAUUGAAGACUUUACAGUGUUUUUGCAUUGCCGUGCUGUGAACAUCAAUUUGAUGAAGCUCAGAAUGUUUGUUUUGGGUUGAGACUUUAGCUUCUAGUUUUGUUACUUAAUAUUCUGUUUAUUUCAGUCAAUGUUACUUAUGUUUUUUGUGAAUGAAAUAUAUUAGAAUGGGCACAAUAAGGCUGGAUUACAACCUCACAAUGCAAAAGUAAACAAAAUGUAUAGCCUGAAUAAUAAUGAUAUCAGACCAGGAAGACUAAAAAACAGAAAUUAUAACUACAUAUUUAUUAUUUGCUACUGAAAUAUAGACGAAGACAGGAGUAAAAUGUUGACGAACAAUUCUGCUGUUCCUGUCAAAGGUUUUAAUGACUGCUCGAUAAUGAAAUUCCAAAAUGCUCCUUUACUGAAGCGGUAAAUUAGGAAAAUCCUUUUUAUACCAGACCCUGACUGCUGGGUUUGGGUGACUGAGGUCCCCAUAAGAAAAUGGUCUUCUUAUUUUUCUUAAAGCACCUGAAAAUUUUUAUUUAAGCAUUUUUCUUUCUUCUAUGUGUAAUGUUUAUGACAAAAUAAGCAACAAUCAAAGUUUAAAAAUAUGUUUUAGGUAUCAUUUAGCAAGAGCAUUACAAUUGAAAACUCGGCUAAUGUGCUUCAUGAACAGCUGUGCUUGCAGUUACUAUUUUUAAUGCCGUUAUCUUCAAAUCACGGAUUAAUUAUUCAAUUAUCUCGAGGAAACAAAAGUUGUUUUCUUGUGGUAAUGGGUUCAUUUAUGUCAAUUCUCAAGAAAAUAAAAGACCAUUUUUUAAAGACAAUAAGGUAAUUUAUCACAAGCAAACAACUUAUGUUGAGAUCACAAGAUAAUUAUGGCUAACUCGAAAAUAAGUGUCUGGUUCCGCGGUCACAUUACUGGGAGGGAGGAUUCAUAACAAUUUCUGCCUGUGUUCGACCUCGACUGAUGUACAGUCUGAUAUGUUGUUCAGUAAUGGGUACUCCUUGAUCUGAUAUUGUCAAUUUGAAUCAGUGGCUUCAGUUGUCAGGACGACCUCCAUGCAUGCUGAAAUGGCAUUCCUGAUGACAAACACACAAGGCCAAAACACACUGAUGGUGAACACUGAGCUUCAAUAAAUACGCCCCUACCCUAUCCUACCAGCGGCACCAAGAUGUGUGCCGGCACUCCUGGAUGCGCUGCCCCACUGCACUUUACGCCACUGUCGUAUUCCAGCCUCGCUGCGCCCAGAAUAAAUGCAUUUUCCCCCCACUAACUGUUUGAACAUACCAGUUCCUGUAGCAGCUCUUUUUCUUUGCUCCCGUGGCAGCUCAACUCCUCUCCUCACCAUUAAAGCAAAGAGAACUCUGUUGCUGUCUUGUGUGAGACAAAGAAUGGAUGAGAGACAUGUUGUUGAGGUCGAGAAAUAUCCCGAGCUAAACAACCCACAGUCCUGACAUUAUAAAGACAAUGGUAAAAAGAUAUUGCCUGAGGAGUCAUAGCUCUGGUGACUGGCUCUUCAGGUGAGAAAUCAACUUUAAUUGGUGAGUGUCCACACAUGCUUUUAAGCUACUGCAUAGGUGCAGAUCUUUCAGUAAAAGUAGUAAUAACUUUGUGUGUUCAUCUAUUUAAGAGCUGCAGCGUGAUGUGUCAUGACACACCACGCUGCAGCGGCGCCAGGGUGUUUGCAGCAUAAGAAAAAGGACAAAACGACCUUUUGCUUCCUCAUCAUAAUAAGUUGAUGAUCUCAUUAUCUCAAGAUAACAAAGGUCAUUUUCUUGAGAUAACAACACAAUUAACUUGUGAUCUUGAGAUAACGGUGGAAAACAAAAUGCAAGCAAGCAAGGACAUUCUCGGCUUCCACUGAAAUCUCUUAUGCGAACUAACUAAAAAACCAACCCAAUCACCGGAAAAGAUGUCAGCAAUGAACGUCGGAUACGUUACAUAUACACAUUGUUACAUAGCAGAUAAAUUGGAAUUUUACAUUUCAAGUUUCAAAACGCUGUGGUUAAUGUGUGGUUAGGUUUAGGCACAAAAACCAACUGGUAAUGGUAAGGAAUAGACCAUGUUUUAGCUUAAAAUACCCCAUUCGGAAGGCUCCAUCUUUCCAGGAAAAGGAGAUAUUUCUUGGUAAAAAACAAGGGCUUUUUGUGAUACCAAGUCCGACGACAAGUCCCAACAAAACACCCACACGUGGAGCCUAAAAGCCAAGGGAAACACACCCACAGUCGCUACAAAAACAAUAAUACUUGGAGCUUAACAGCUGAUGGAUAUGACAUGACUGAAGCCUAAAAACACAAACGCUUAUGUUACUUGUUGGUCUCGAACAGAAAUCUGCAGUUUGGCAAAUGUGCAAAUGUAACAUUUUCGUGAUAUGCAGGAACCUAUGAGACUGGGCUGCUUAAACUAACUUUGGCCGAAAAUUGUGUGUCAUUGUAGGAUCCCACAUCGCAUAGUAAAAAGCUGAAGAGAAAAAAACAGUUUAAGUGAACUUUAAUGACCAUUUAGUUAGAAUCUUGCAAAGCUUCCACAUUACUGAAGCCUCUGCAGUCUAAAACACACAGAGGCCAUACAGUAUGAUAAUCAGAAUUAUCAUUAUCAUUUUCUACACAAACCCACAAGCCAGUAAGCACACGCAGGACUUUAGCGUCUCAAGCCCAUGCUGCACAAUCAGCCAAAACCUCUGGGAAGCAGAGAUUAAAAAUACAUUUUGUUUUGCCCUGUGGCUAAAAGUCUUAUUUGAAACAGAGGGACUCAUUUGAGGCUCACUUAUCAAAACCUUCUUAGAUAUUUGUUUUUCAUUCCUUCCUGAUAAACCUCACAGCUGGUCCAAUAUCAUUUACUGGUGUAUAUUUGUCUAUGAGAUCAACAUCUGAGACCCAAACUUGUGACUAUCAUAACUUUCUCUUCUUGUGUUCGCUUUCUUUGAGCGCGUAUUCACUCGAGAUAUGUUCCCUCUCUGUAUUUCUCCAAACAUCAGCAUCUACCCACUCUUUGCUUUCAUCCUGUCUGCUUUAGCUCUCUGUUAUAGUGAGAACAUUGGAAUCUGUCAGACAGAGCUGGGGAGAUCAUUUUCAUGCAGUGGGAUUGGUUUUCAUAACAUUGCCUGUCACACUCACUGUAAAAACGUAGCAGUCAGAUUACACAUAUUUUAAGUGCUUACUUUUAUACAUGACUUAUGAAGUGUGUUUGGAUUAGAUGACGAUGAUAAAGUAGCUGACAUACAUUGUAUCCAUAGAGACGAUGUACAGUCAGAUACUCCAAGAGAACAAAUUACAAAAUAGAAUAAUCUCCCCAGCUUGUAUAUGUAUGGAUAAAUGUUUAAUUUAUGUGUGUAAAAUGUCUCUAAGGUAUUGAGGGUUAGUAAUUGACAGUUGUGUGAAGUAAAUGUGUUGUUUUGUCUACUUGUGAUAUCAUUAGUUGUUGUUUCUGCAUUUUAAAGCUUGAAUCAUGCCCUUGAAUGUUUGUUAUUUACUGUAUUGUGUAUAAGACUUGGAUUAACAUUUGAAUACUGUUGUUGUUUUUUAUUCUAAAUUCAAUAAUUCAAUAAUUUAUCUGGUUCUUGAGAAAGAACCAAAUUGUUUUAAAGGUCCAGUGUGUAGGAUUUAGGGGGAUAUACUGACAGAAAUGUAAUAUAAUAUAAGAAGUAUGUUUUCUUUAGUGUAUAAUCACCUGAAAAUAAGAAUUAUUGUGUUUUCAUUGCCUUUGAAUGAGUCGUUAAUAUCUACAUAGGGAGCAGGUCUUCAUCCACAAAGAAUGCCAUAUUGAACUGCCAUGAUUCUACAGUAGCCCAGAAUGGACAAACCAAACACUGGCUCUAGAUAGGGCCAGUUUUCACAGCAGCCACUGUAGUUAGUAGCCACUCUGCCCGACACGUUCUCACUCCGACC